AUGCGGAUCUCUACCUUUGCCCUCAUCAUCUUCACCCUCACAUCUGUAGCUCUUGGAGCUGUAGUUGCUGUCACGGUCUUCAGAGGCGAAAGCGUCGAGAACUACGCUGUAUCUUCAUCAGCUGUCACGACUGCCAUCACCGAUAUGACCUACCUCCACACUACAGUCACCACCACCUCCGUCCUUGAAAUGAACCCUCUCUGGACUAUCAAUACAGUCAAGCCUGAUACGAUUGUGAUCAAUGUCAGAACCGACCGUCCCACAACCACCACCCUCGCCUCCGUCGACUGCAAGUACAAGUACUGCAAUAGCAACACACAGUACUGCACGUACUGGGCCGGAAUCACUGGCUGGGACCCGUCUCUCGGCCCAAUCCCUGGUAUGACACAUACCUCUCUCGGUUCUUGCCAGGUGCCUGCUACGGAUCUUACUGCCAACAGCGUGGUUCAAACUACAAUGGCGACAAAGAAGUGA